AUGAACGUUUGCAGUUCGCGAUACUGUCAAUAUAAUUUAGCUGGUACUUAAAUGGUUCCAAUUCCUAAAUAUAGAGUUUAUUGUCCCUUUUGUAAACAUGCCUAUUAUUGUUCUCAAAGAUGUAGAGACAUUGAUUGGUAAAAUGAAUUAUUAUAUAAGGACUUCUGGACAUAAAAACCAAUGUAUACCUUAAAACAUGUUAAAUUCAUAGGAAAUAGCAUAUAGUGAUAAGGUAUCAACCUUAAGAUAAAUGAAAAGAAGUGCAGAAGAGUUUGAAGUUAUAUAUGAUUAUCCAUAACUUGGCAAAGGUAGUUUUGGAGCUGUUAGAUUAGUGAAAGAUAGAACCAAUGGAUAAUUACAUGCAAUGAAGAUAGUACAUUAAAUUAUUAAUUUUAGAUGAAUAAGAAAGACAUUUUUGAGUAUUGUUCAAUUGAAAACCUUAAGAGAGAAAUACGAAUAUAAAGAAAAUUGAAUCAUCCAAAUAUUACAUAAUUAUUCCACUAUUUUGAAGACAAAGAUAAAGUUUAUCUUAUUUUAGAAUAUGCAGAACAUGGAUCUCUAUUUUAAUUAUUAAAAAGAAGAGGAAAAUUAAAUGAAAAUGAAGCACUUAAAUUCUUUAAAUAAACUUGUUUAGGAAUUGAUUAUUUACAUUAACAAAAUAUAAUACAUAGAGAUCUUAAAGUAAUUUAUAAUAAUUAAUAGGUAGCCUGAAAAUAUAUUAUUGGAUAUUGCUGAUAAUGUAAAAAUUUGUGAUUUUGGUUGGUCAGCUGAAAAUUUAGGUUCAAAAAAGAGAAGUACUUUCUGUGGAACAAUAGAUUACAUGGCCCCUGAAAUGAUUGAAGAUAGACCUCAUGAUCACACUCUAGAUAUAUGGUGUUUAGGAAUACUAUUAUAUGAAUUAUUACAUGGAGAAGCACCAUUCAAAGGUAAAAAUGAUAUUGAAAAAUGCAAUAAUAUUGUGAAAAUCAAUUAUCAAAUCAUUGAUAAUAGUUUAAGUUCUGAUGUUAAAGAUCUAAUAAUUGGCCUUAUCAAAUAUUAAUAAAAAGAUAGAUUAACAAUGAAAUAAAUUUUGAAUCACAGAUGGAUCAAUAGAAAUGAAUUUGAAUUAGAAAAGAUGCCAAUCUCUUAAAAUAGAGUCAGAGUCAACGGUAAUACUCUGCAUCAAGAUAAUCAAUAUUUUUCUAAGUCUACAGCUUCUUCCCAAUAAUCUUUUAUAAGAUAAAAUAUAACAUUCUAAACUCAAACUGAAAAUUCAAUUUAGGAUUACAAAUAAUAAUAUCGUCGGAGUAGACAUUCUGAAUCUUAAAAAAAGGAGAUACGAUCAUAAACUGUUAAAUAAAAAAAUGAAACUUUUAUGCAAAAAUUAUUAGUUGCUUUAGGUUGUGUUAAAAGAGAAUCAUAUGCUGAUACUAGUUGUUUAGAUACUUAAAAAUAAUGA